AUGACGGACGCUACAGUCGCGGCGGGAGUGACGGCGAUCGUCGACCCGCUGCUUCGCGCCGUCGUUUGCGCCCCCGUCGACCCCGCGCACUACCCGCUACUGCAGCCCGCCACCCGCGCGAUUUCCGCUGCUGCAGCCCGUCGCCCGUCCCGUCGCACUGCCGCCCGUCGCCAGAUCCCCACCACCCGUACGCACUCCGCUGCCCGUCGCCAAGUCCCCGCCCGCCCUCCCGUCGACUUCGCAACUGCUGUGAAGGGAGUGGCGGGGGUGGCGAGAGUGGUGGGAGUGGCGGGAGAAGCUGCUGCUACGCCAUUGCACGCGCCAAAUAGUCCGCGACCCGCACCCCGCACCCCGCCCGUCGCCCGUACGCCACCUGCACCCCGCACCCCGCCCGCCGCCCGUGCGCCACCCGCACCCCGCACCCCGCCCGUCGCCCGUACGCCAUCCGCAUCACGCCGACGUCCGUGCCCCCGUCCGCGAGACCCGUCUGAACCCCGUACCUGCACCCAGACCGCCGUUCUGCCCCAGAUCCCGCCCCCCCCCACCGACAACUGCCACCCCACCCCCAUCUCCGGCUCCGUAUCCAGCGGGAAGGGGAGGAGGUGUGGUGUUGGCCCGAAGGGGACGGCUGGGGGAGGGGGAGUGGCGGGGUUGGCGGCUCAUCAUCAUCCGCCUCCUCCUCCUCUCAUCCCUUGCCCCGUGCCCAUGCCCGUGCUGUCCGCUCGUGUUCCACGUGCCCUUGCUGUCCGUACCCGGUUGUGCCCCGCCAGUCUCACCCGUGCUGUCCGUACCCGGUGCCCCCCGUGUUCCCGUGCUGCCCCCCGUGUUCCCGUGCUGCCCCCCGUGUUCCCAUGCUGCCCCCCAUGUUCCCGUGCUGCCCCCCGUGUUCCCGUGCUGCCCCCCCGUGUUCCCGUGCUGCCCCCCGUGUUCCCGUGCUGCCCCUCGUGUUCCCAUGCUGCCCCGCUCUCCCCGUGCUGCCCCGUUCUGCCUGUGUUGUGCCCGUUCCCGUGCCGUGUUGCCCCGUUCAGCCCUUGUCCUGCCCCGUUCUUCCUGUGCAGCCCCGUUGUCCCCGUGUUGCCCCGUUCUGCCCGUGUUGCCCCGUUCAGCCCGUGUCCUGCCCCGUUCAGCCCGUGUUUUGCCCUGUUCUGCCCGUGUUGCCCCGUUCAGCCCGUAUCCUGCCCCGUUCUGCCCGUGUUGCCCCAUUCAGCCCGUGUCCUGUCCCGUUCUGCUACCCGUGUUGCUCCGUUCAGCCCGUGUCCUGCCCCGCUCUGCCCGUGUUGCCCCGUUCUGCCCAUGUUGCCCCGUUCAGCCCGUGUCUUGCCCCGUUCAGCCCGUGUCCUGCCCCGUUCUGCCCGUGUUGCCCAGUUCAGCCCGUGUUGCCCCGUUCUGCCCGUGUUGCCCCGUUCAGCCCCCCGUGUCCUGCCCCGUUCUGCCCGUGUUGCCCCGUUCAGCCCGUGUCCUGCCCCGUUCUGCCCGUGUUGCCCUGUUCUGCCCGUGCUGCCCCGCUCUGCCCGUUUGUGCCCUACCCGUGCUGUCCGUACCCGUUGGUGCCCCACCCGUGCUGUCAGUUCUCGCUCGUGCCCCACCCGGUCUGUGCUGCCCGGUCUCGUGCUGCUCGUCACCCCCGUGCGGCCCGUCCCGUACAGCACCUGA